AUGAAGUGGUUCUAUCGUUUUGUUUCUACCUCUUUUAUCCUCUUGACUGGGCUUGGUCGCUCCGUCAACGGUGCUGAUUCAAACACUUACUACUUUAAGCAUUUCAGUACUUCUGGCAGCAUUGGUGCAUGGUAUAAUAACGACAAUUCUUGGGGUGUGUCCGCACCAGGUGGUACUGGAUUUGUUGCGAUGGUCACUGGCGAAGACUGGGGCACUUGGUCGCCAAUCCAUACUCUGCCUAAGAAGAUCAACGAUGUUAACCCGGGGCAUAAUACCUGGUUUAGUCAGUCUGCUAAUCCCGCGGAUGGCCAAGGGUAUGAUGCUUGCUACGACAUUUUCAUUGACCCAAGCUACGCUCCCACUGAUCGCAACUCGAAAUACGAGGUGAUGAUUUGGGUCGGUUAUCGCGCCCCAAAUUCUCCUCUCUCCGACCACUAUGACUCAAACGGUGCGGUGCCUUGGGCACGGAACGUGAAUAUUGGAGGCAAAGAGUGGGAUGUUUACUUGUAUCAUUGGCCAACCGGCGGUGCUCUUACCAUGACUUACGUCGACCCGGAUAACUCAGGUUGGUUCUCGGGUAGUUUAACGCCUUUCUUCCAGCAUGGCAUUAGCAAUGGCUGGUAUAGCGGGGAUGACUAUUUGACUAGUGUUAUGGCAGGUUGGGAAUUUGGCAAAGGAGAUUAUACGGCUUCUUCGUGGGGUGCGGUUGGAUUCUGA